AUGUUGCCCAGUCAUUUGCUUGCGCUCUCUCUGAGCUUCCUCGUCGACCCCCUCGCCAACGCGCGCGCCUACGUUCGGGCUUCCCAAUCUCCGUCCUUACUCUCCGACAAUAUCCUUAGAACCGACCAAGUACAUCAUGUUCUAGACCAUCAACCUGUAAAGGAGCCAGCUUGCAAGCAGUAUCUGACAGGACCGAUCGAGACAACUCUUUGUGAUUACGAGACCGUAGAGAGCGUCAAUGACGAUCUCUUUAGUCAAUUACAUGCGCUGGUAGAAACACCUUUUUUCAAAUAUUUCCGAGUGGAUUUAUACCGUGACUGCCCAUUCUGGCAAGAGAAUGGAUUUUGUAUGAAUAGGGAAUGUGGGAUCACUACUGUGGAUGAGAGUGAGAUUCCAGAGAAAUGGAGAGCUGCGACAUUGAGCAGGCUGGAGACACUCACAGGCGAUCAGCGUACUAUACUCCCAGGUUGUUACCAUCGUGAUUCAGAUUACUGUUUCCUGGAUGAUAUGACAGAAGGUGACUAUGUCGACCUCACUCUAAACCCAGAGCGGUUCACGGGAUACACUGGUCCAUCUGCGCAUCGUGUAUGGUCAUCAAUAUACUCAGAGAAUUGUUUUGGGCUAUCGCAUCUCAGCCCCGGCUCGGAUAAUCCAAUGACUUCGGUGAAGAAAUCGCUCCCUGAAAGCUUGAAAUCAAGAACACGACCACACUCUGUAUAUGAUUCGGAAGAUUGUUUGGAACAACGAGUAUACUACAAGAUAAUCUCCGGCCUGCACGCAAGUAUCUCAACGCACAUCUGUCAUGAGAAUCUGAAUCAGACCACGGGCGAAUGGGGACCCGACCUGCAAUGUUUCGUGAAUCGUGUCGCAUCCUAUCCAGAGCGCCUACAGUACAUAUACUUUGAUGCCGUGCUUCUAUUGCGCGCUGUUGCACGUCUUGGACCGUACUUGUCAGCAUACGAUUACUGUGGAACGGACACCCAUGAAGGAGAUGCAGAGACGCCUGAAGAACUGAAGAGGAUCAUCGACAUUGCUCAAGCAGUCGGAAAGUUUGACGAGACCAUGAUGUUUCAAGGCGAGAAUGCCCAAAUUCUAAAACAAGAAUUCAAGGAGCAUUUUCGUAACGUAUCACGCAUCAUGGAUUGCGUCGGUUGUGACAAGUGUCGUCUCUGGGGCCGAGUACAGACCACAGGGGUGGCGACCGCACUCAAGGUUCUCUUCGAGCUCGAUGAAAAAGCUCUAGAUCCCAAGUCGAACCCAAAUUUACUUCAAAGGUCUGAGGUGGUUGCACUUAUUAAUACUCUGCACCGCUUUUCGGAAAGCCUCGCUGCCGUGAACAUUUUCCGCGAGAUGUGGGCGGAGACCGACGUUCAACAAGAGGCGGAGUUUAUUGAACGCGCUGCGUCCGCAGCGAUGGGACCAUUUAAGCCUCAUCGGUCACCUGGAGUCGGUGCGGACGUCAUAUCUGGGAACCUAUUAGGAGAUGUCCUCGCGUGGGUUCGAGCGUGUAGAGAUGGUACAGUGGGAUGCAUGCGCGGGCUCAUAGAUGGGCUACGGACUGUCCUCAGUGCUGUACUUGAGGUCUUUGAGGUGUCAGGGAAAGAACAGGGUCCAAGGAGUGAUCUGUAA